AUGGCACCGCCUCUCGAACUCUCGAUACCUAGCACAAUUCUCUCAAGCGCUCCAAAUGAAAAACCCUAUACUCUUUACAAUAUUACACUCCGUCUUCCUCUUCGAACCUUCGUCGUCCAAAAACGCUACUCCGAUUUUGUCACUCUCCAUUCUUCCCUCUGCACCCAAGUUUCCAGUCCGCCUCCCGCUCCUCUGCCAGGGAAAACAUGGUUCAAAAGUACGAUUAACUCUCCUGAAUUGACAGAAGAUCGUCGUCGCGGUCUCGAAACAUAUCUCCGCAGCAUCGCAGAAAAUCCCGAUCGGAGAUGGAGAGAAACAAGCGUUUGGCGACAAUUUUUAAACCUGCCUAGUAAUAGUGGAAACGCGAGUUUGAGUAGUGCGAGAGAGGGACUUAUUGCUGCGAAUCAAAGAGGUGUGGGUGGGAAUGCGGAGGUCAUGGCGGAUCCGCAGGUGUGGCUGGAUGUUCAUCGCGAAUUGAAGGCGCAGUUGCAUGAUGCAAGAUUGUUUCUGGGGAGGAGAGAUAGUGCAAAUACGGCGGCGGGGCAAUAUGAGGCGGGCGCGAACGCGAAGAGGUGUUUGGUUAAGGCUGGAGGACUGCUUAAGAAUUUGGAGGAAGGCUUGAAGGUGAUGGGUGAGGGGGAUAAAAAUGGGAGAGGCGAGGCAAGGGUCGGCGCAGGUGAAUUGAGGAGGAGAAGAGAUCUUUUGGGUAGUGCAAAGGUGGAAAAGGAGGGCUUGGAAAAAUUGGCCGUUACAUUGGCGGUUAAGAAUCAAGCCAGCUCGAGUUCAGCAAACGGCGGUGCGGCAGCGACACAAGCGGACAAAAACGCAUUAUUUGGACCAGGAGUAUCGCGACCCAGUGGACGAGUCCUUGGCGCACCGGUUCCUGAAACAGAUAAAACGAGAGAAUUGGAUAAUGAGGGCGUGUUACAAUUACAAAAGGAAUUGAUGCAGAAUCAAGAUCUUGAUGUGGAAGAACUUGGUAAGAUUGUGAGGAGACAGCGAGAAAUGGGAUUGGCGAUUCACGGAGAAUUGGAGUUGCAAAACGAGAUGUUGAAGAGGGUGGACGAGGACGCUGAUAGAGUUGGGGGGAAGAUCAACAUUGCCAAAAAGAGAAUCGCAAAGAUUCGGUAG